AUGGAGGCGCAAGGCGCUGCUGGAGCUUCGGCACCUCCUGCUGAAGCUGCCGAAGCUUCUGCCUCGUCGUCGGUCGCUGCCGCAGCAGCCGUCGCGCCGACCGAGCAGAAACAACAACUCCCCGAGCCGCACCAGCUCCACCACCUCCACCACCACCACCACCAACAGCAACAGCCGACCGACGCGUCAAGCGCGCCUCUGCAGCAGAGACCCAGAGUUAUGGCCCGCGAUCGCUUCAACCACCAGUCGCUGGGCGCUUCGCUCAACUCGUCUGUCAAGCAGGCACGCGUGCUAAUGGUCGGCGCCGGCGGAAUCGGAUGCGAACUGCUCAAGAACCUUGUCCUCGCGGGCUUCGGCGAGAUUCACAUUGUCGAUCUCGACACCAUCGACCUCUCCAACUUGAACCGACAGUUCCUCUUCCGCCACGAACACAUCAAAAAGUCAAAGGCUUUGGUUGCCAAGGAUGCUGCCCAAAAGUUCAACCCAAACGUCCAAAUCGUCGCGCACCAUGCCAACAUCAAGGACGCCCAGUUCAGCGUCGCCUGGUUCCACUGCUUCCAUAUCGUCUACAACGCUUUGGACAACUUGGAGGCUCGAAGACACGUCAACAGGAUGUGUCUGGCCGCCGAUGUGCCGCUCAUCGAGAGUGGAACAACCGGCUUCAACGGACAGGUACAGGUCAUCAAGAAGGGCGUUACGGCUUGCUACGACUGCACCCCGAAAGAGACCCCCAAGUCGUUCCCAGUCUGCACCAUCCGAAGCACUCCCAGCCAGCCGAUCCACUGCAUCGUCUGGGCAAAGAGCUAUCUCCUAAACGAGAUUUUUGCCACCAGCGAGGAAGGGUCAGCCUUUGACCACUCGACCGAUGCGGAAAAUGCGCAAGAAAUUGAGGAGUUGAGAAAGGAGUCCAGAGAUCUGAAGCAGAUCCGAGAGGCUGUGGGCACGGAGACCUUUCCGCAGAUGCUCUUCGACAAGGUCUUCAACAAGGACAUUGAACGUCUGCGAUCCGUCGAGGACAUGUGGAAAUCGCGUCGACCACCUGAACCACUCGUGUACAAAACCGUCAUGUCCCAGGCCGGUGACGCGUUGGCGCCCAAAGAGCAGAUCCUGCGCGACGACCAAAAGGCGUGGUCGCUCGAGGAGAGCCUGGUGGUGUUCAAAGACAGCCUGGACCGCCUCAGCAAGCGCAUGCUCCAGCUCAAGCAGACCAAGGAGCCAUCGGCCCCCGAGCCCACCAUCUCUUUCGACAAGGAUGACCUAGAUACCCUCGACUUUGUCGCGUCGAGCGCAAACAUUCGGUCGGCAAUAUUCGGCAUCGACCGCAAGUCCCGCUUCGACAUCAAGCAGAUGGCGGGAAAUAUCAUCCCUGCCAUCGCCACUACGAAUGCCAUUGUCGCGGGCCUCAGUGUGCUGGAGUCGUUCAAGGUGCUCCGGGGAGAGUUCGCGCAGUCAAAGGAGGUCUUUUUGACGCCAUUUGCUUCCGCCCGGUUACUGGCGUCCGAUAGAUCUCGAGAGCCAAAUCUUGAAUGCCCAGUAUGCGGCGUCUUCAACACCAGCAUCGUCGUCGACCCGGCUCGCGCCACGCUCAACGAUGUUGUUGAGGACAUCGUCAAGCUCAAGCUUGGGUUCGGCGACAAGGAGUUUGUUGUCAACAAUGACAUUGGCAUCUUGUGCGAUGCCGACGAGACCGAGAAUCUUCCCAAGACGCUGUCCGAACUCGGUAUCCACGAAGGCAGCUUCCUGACCAUAAUCGACGAAGAUGACGAGGACACGUUUGUGAACGUCGUAGUCGCCAUUCAAGAAGGGAUCACGGAUGGCGAAGAAAAGCCAGUCAAGUCUUCCUUUGUCGAGCGUCCUGAAAUCCCUCGGAAACCCAAGAAGCUUGCACAGCCGGAGGCCAAUGAGCCGGAGCACAAAGGCAUCAAGAGGUCGCAUCCCGACGAUGAGGGCCAGCCUACGCCUACGAAGAAGGCGAAGAUGGUCGAUUCGAUGACAAGCGACGUGGUCAUUGUAGAAGAUGCUGGCGGCGCCAUUGUCAUCGAUGACGACUGA